UCGAUGGAUUGGUGGCUUCUGCUAUACUCCUUAGUUAUGAGGAUGGCAACAGUUCUAUCAGUAAAACAUUGCUAUCAAUGCUCAGACGCUAAUAUCGAAACACAUUAUGGAGUAUUCUUCAUCAAUCCGAGGGUUAUACAAGAUGGGAACAAAAACGAUGUAAAGAAAUGCGACAGGUUCAAUGUACCUGUGGUCGAAUGUAACGACACAUGCUUCUCGUUAAAUGUCACAUCGUUGCACGUAAAAGGUCGAGAAGUGCUUCCUUUUGGAGCUGCUCAUGGAUGUUCGCAGUAUGUGUUGAGUGAAGACGUCGAUGAUCAAACAGGAUGCACGAAAAAGGACAUUUUGUUACGGACCAUUCCACCAUAUGUCGUGCAAGCAGAGUACUGUAAGUGCAGCGGUGAUCUAUGCAAUACGGUAAACCACAUACUGGUACCACCGCAACGAACUGCACCAGGAAGACAACACUUUUACGUCAAUUAUGUUAAUGGCCCUCAAAAUUUGGUCUCUGACACAUCUCCUAUAAUCAUUCUAGUUUUGGCCUUAUUAGUCUAG